AAGGAAACAAAAGAAAACUAAGAAAAUUCUGUAUAUAAAUAGUUGGAACUAAAGUCCAAUGUGCAGUGUCUGCAAAGAACUCAGAAUGAUGGGAAGCUUGGGACUGCUUCUUAUACUGUGCAGUGCACUACCAAUGCAGCCUGUUAUAGGGAAUGCAACUACAACAACUGAAUCACCAUUAUGCAGCUUGACGCCAUUCCUACCAAUCUGUUUACGAAGCACGACCAAAAGUACCACGACAGUCUCCACAACUACUGAAGAAGUAACAACAUCCACAGCUCUUCCCACAACAACUUCGAACACUUCCUCAACAACUGAAGGAGUCACAACCUCUACAGCUAUUCCCACAUCAACUGCUGCAACGUCCACAACUACUGAAAAAGCAACAACUUCCACAGCUAUUCCCACAACAACCACAAUAGCCUCCACAACUACUGAAGAAGGCACAACCUCUACAGCUAUUCCCACAUCAACUACAGAAGUCACAACCUCUACAGCUAUUCCCACAUCAACUACAGAAGUCACAACCUCUACAGCUGUUCCCACAACAACUGCAGAAGUCACAACCUCUACUGCUAUUCCCACAACAACUACAGAAGUCACAACCUCUACAGCUAUUCCCACAUCAACUACAGAAGUCACAACCUCUACAGCUGUUCCCACAACAACUACAGAAGUCACAACCUCUACAGCUAUUCCCACAACAACUACAGAAGUCACAACCUCUACAGCUGUUCCCACAACAACUACAGAAGUCACAACCUCUACAGCUAUUCCCACAUCAACUACAGAAGUCACAACAUCUACAGCUGUCCCCACAACAACUACUACCAGCUCCUCAACUACUACAGAAAUCACAACCUCUACAGCUAUUCCCACAACAACUACAGAAGUUACCACCUCUACAGCUGUUCAAACUACUAAAGAAGUAACAACUUCUACAGCUAUUCCUACGACUACUGGAGAAGUUACAACAUCAACAGCUGUUCAAACUACUAAAGAUGUAACAACAUCCACAGCUAUUCCCACAUCAAGUUCAACUGCUUCCACAACAACAGAAGCAGUAACAACAUCCACAACUAGCACUCCUCAGAACAAUGGACACCAUGAACAUCAUCACCACCAUCACAAUCGACCUGGCUUCCCACUCCCACCACCGCCUCCUCCGCCCCCACUACCGCUUCCAUUUCCUGUAAAACUACAAAAUUCUGAGGUCGAAGUUGUUGCAAUCCUACCGUUACCCCCUCUGGUAAUUCCACCUCCACUCCCUCUACCUCCACUUCCACCUCUUUUUGGAAACCAAUUCGGAAAAUAGUUUUUACUAUCCAUUACUAUUUAAUAUGCCAUUUAUCCAUUUCAAGUUCAAUAUAAUUAAAGUUAAAAUUGCUGCAUAAA